AGAGAUAAUAUCAACCCUGCUUGUUAACUGCGGAGCCAAGGAGGAUUCUACCUUCUUCAACAGUGUGAUGCCUCUUCUGCGCGUUUCUGGCCGAGUGAAUCGGUUCGCUUUGCGUUGCUCUCGCGAGCCCAUCUUGUUCACAGCAGCUCGGAAUUAAGGGUUGGAUUAGGUGAAAAGAUUGAGCUUUUGAUGGCUAUGGGAAUCCCUGCGCUGGCGUUCCUCGUCUCCCUGACGGCGUCAAUUCCAUGGUGCUUCUGCGCAUUCACCCCUGCAGACAACUACCUGAUCGAUUGCGGGUCUCCGACCGACACGACCAUCGGAAGCAGGAGCUUUGUGGCCGAUUUAUCCCUUUCCUCCACGCUGACGACGCCGGAAAACAUCUUGGCGAGCACCACUCGAAGCCCCGGAGCGUCUUCUCCCGCCUCAGCACUCUAUCAAACUGCCCGCGUCUUCACAGGGCCAUCCUCCUACUCCUUGUCGAUCAAGGCGCAAGGCAGACACUUCAUUCGCCUCUACUUCUUCCCAUUUGCGUACGGUAGUUACAACCUUACGGCCGCAGCUUUCACCGUAUCGACUCAAGAUUUGGCGCUUCUCAACAAUUUCCGCUCUAAUUCAUCCUCCAUGAAGGAAUUCUUAGUAAAUAUUGCUCGCGACACCCUCAUCCUCUCCUUUGCACCAUCCGGAAGAAGCAGUUCCCUGGCCUUUGUGAAUGCUAUAGAAGUAGUAUCGGCUCCGGAUGAUCUAAUUAUCGACCGUGCACAAACUGUUCGAAUGCAAUCUUAUCAGGGUUUAUCAGCACAAGCAUUCGAGACAAUUUAUCAUCUCAAUGUGGGUGGCCAAGAGCUCCUUCCAGAUGCUGAUGUUUUGUGGAGAAGUUGGGAUGCUGAUCUGAGGUUUUUGAUGGAUGCCACUUCAACUGAAACAUCGAAUUUCUCCGGAGGGCUUAAUUUUCUCGAAGGAGAAGCAACCGAAGAGAGUGCACCGAGUAUCGUAUAUGCCACAGCGAGGGAAUUGGUUUUGACCAAUACUUCUGAUACAAUGAUCAAUAUGACAUGGAAGCUCAAAGUUGAUGCCGGUUUUAGCUACUUGAUGAGGUUUCAUUUCUGUGACAUUGUAAGUCUUGCAGCUGAUGAGCUCUACUUUGAUGUCAGUGUGGGUAACUGGCACAUACUUACUGAUUUUGAUCUUUCCAGUAUCUUACAUCGAGAAUUGGCCGCGCCUUAUUUCGUAGAUUUUGUUAUAAAAGCUAGUGACACCCCGGACGAACUUUCUAUCAGUGUUACUCCUUCAGCUUUAUCUUUUGUUCGCAAUGGCAUCCUUAAUGGCCUUGAGAUUUUGAAGAUGAACUUCUCUGUUGGCUCUGUGAUUGUUGUGCCGCCGCCUCCAUCUGGUUCAAAGAAGAACUCAGGCAUUGUGGCUGGCUCAGUCAUUGGAUCUGUUGCCAUUUUUGUUGUCGCUAGUGUUGUUCUUCUCGUGGUGCUACGAAGAAGGAAAACCCGCAGCAAGAAGCCUGUUGAUUCGAUCGGAACUGCCUUCUUUUCUGAGAAGAAUGGGCAAUUCAGUUACCGCUUCCCGCUUGUUGAGCUACAAGGAGCAACAAAUAACUUCGACGAUAGCUUGUUGAUCGGAUUCGGUGGGUUUGGAAGAGUCUACAAAGGUGUGUUGAGAAACAGCACAAAGAUAGCAGUGAAGAGAGGGAAUUCAGUGCACAAUCAAGGUCUGAAGGAGUUCCACACCGAAAUCGAAUUGCUAUCGCAAUUGCGCCAUCGCCAUCUAGUCUGCCUCAUCGGAUUUUGCGAUGAGAAGAACGAGAUGAUACUUGUUUACGAGUACAUGGAAAGUGGAACUCUCAAGAGACACCUCUAUGGUUUAGAUCUUCCUCCACUUAGCUGGAAGCAGAGGCUGGAAAUCUGUAUCGGAGCAGGGAGAGGGAUUCAUUACCUCCAUACGAGUUCGACGAAAGCUAUCAUCCACCGCGAUGUGAAGUCCGCGAACAUUCUACUCGAUGAGAAUCUAUUGGCAAAAGUGUCAGACUUUGGAUUGUCGAGGACUGGACAGGAGUUGGAUCAGUCUCAUGUCAGCACUGAAGUGAAAGGCAGUUUUGGAUAUCUCGAUCCCGAGUACAUCAGAACGCAAAGAUUAACCGAAAAAUCUGAUGUUUACUCUUUCGGCGUGGUUUUACUCGAAGUUCUUUGUGGUAGGCCGGCCGUUGAUCCCUCAUUGUCAAUAGAGGAUAUCAACUUGGCUGAAUGGGGAAUGAAGUGGCUGGAGAAAGGGGAGUUACAGAGGAUUGUGGAUCUGCGAAUCGCGGAGACAAUGAGUUCUGCAUCUCUGAGAAAAUUCGGAGAGACGAUCGAGCAUUGUCUGGCAGAUUGUGGCAUCGCGCGACCCACAAUGGCAGAAGUAGUAUUGAAUCUGGAGCACGCACUGAAGCUUCACUUGCAUGAUGCCGGUAUCUCCGAGAUCGAUAGCACAGUUCGCAUCGCUGAGACUUCGCCAAUGGUUCAAGGUAUCGAAGCCGAUGGAGGUUUAUCUUUGCACAAUACCAAUGAGAUUGAAGAUGAAUCUCUUCUCUUCUCGCUUCGAGUUUGAUUCUGGAGAUGGAGACAGAAGCCGUCCGCCAAGGAAUCAAUCAAGCGCGUCUACCAGAGGCAGAGCCGCUCGUCUUCCUAUUCCACGCGGCCUGCUGAUCGCAGAGUCUAUCGCCACUGGCAGGCGGGGCGGUGCAAUUGCCGUCCUUGGCCCUUUUUGCACGGCGAUCUGCCUAGGUUUGGAGAAACCCUAAUGUCUCCAUCGCCGUCGACGCACCUGCUGUGGCAACCAAGGAGAAGCGGAGUCCGUCCGGCGUGGACCAACCCUAACACCUCUGGCGUCGCUGCCACCGCCUCCGGCGCUGGAAACUCUGCUUGUGACGAAAGGGCACAAAAGAAUAUUUUCGUAAAAAUUAAACAAGGCCCGGAGUGGAAGGCCAUUCGUGGAUGGAGGGCGACUUCUGCGACCGCGGCUGAUCGCCGCCGCUUUAGCCGGCGCCGAAGCCUUCGCUCCGAUGGGAGACGUCAACGUAUCCAGAUGGCGCGCCCCCCUCCGUCUCCCUUUCCCUCCGUUUCGGAGUCGAUCUCGUAUUUUACCGAUCCGUUCCCCCCCUCUUUUGCCCAUUUUACAGCGAUGGAAGACCCAACCUUUCCGCUCUGCGCCACCACAGCUUGUUCUUCCUUUCACCUUGUUAUCCACCUCGGGCUCUUCCUCUUUCUGCGUCUCGCGUUCCUUGCCUGUCGCGUAUUAGCAGAGAAGGGGAAGAGAUGGAGGGAGGGGCGGAGGAAGGGAAUGCGAGGGACGCUCUGUAUGCAGAGGGAAGAGAUAUGCGCAUCCGCAUGGAGGUGGGCGACCGACAUCAGGGCGACGCAAUCCAAAUGGCUCGAGAAGAACCUCCGAGAGAUGGAGCAUAUGGUGACAAAUAUACUUAAGGUUGUUGAAUCAGAUACCAAUUCCUUUUCUGAAAGAGAAGAAUUGUACUUCAAAGGGAGAUCGGAAUUGAUAGGUCUGGUGGAAGAUGCCUACAGAUCCUAUAGAACAUUGGUUGCGAGAUUGGACUGUGUCUCAGGAGAACUAAAUAAGGCCAACUACAUUAUAGCGAUUAAUUGUCCUGACCAGGUCCAGCAUCCCAUGCCAGAGGAAGAGGAGGACAACAUUUUUCCAAAAGCAUUCAUCCCAACUCACCCUAGUAAGAUUAACAGAACUGUUGACGGAUUCAUAGAGAAAAGAAAAAUUGAAUUGCCUGUAAGGAAGGUGGAUGAUGCAAAGGCCAGAUCUCAGGUUGAUGACAUGAAAGUGCAAGAAGAGAUAAAUGACCUUCAUGAAGGAAUACUAGCUCUGCAAGUUGAAAAAGAAGCCGUCAAAAGAUCAUAUGAGAGUGGUAUAGCCAAGUAUUGGGACAUUGAGAGGCAAAUCAUUGAUAUGUAUGAUGAAAUGUGUUGGUGGCUGGAUGAGCAUAGCACUGCUGGAGUCAUCAGUGAUGUCAAGGAUGAUAUACUGGUGACAGAAAAAACCCUCACAUCCUGUGAACAUGCCAUAGGUAGAUUGCAGGAGCAGAGACAGAUAGUAUUGGAUCAAGUAAAACUAGAAUCUGAAAGAAUUAAAAUUAUCAAAGAAAAAUUGAAGGCUCUAAUGAGAGAUUGUUGUGAAUCUGGGAUGGAUAAUGAAGAAAUUGUUGCUGAAACAACAGAGACGAUCUUCAUUUCUGAGAUUGUGGAGAAAGAAGAUUCUCUGGACAAGACUAAGCUAGAACUGCAAACCAUACGGGGCAAAAUCAAGAAAUGUUUUGAGAUGAACCCUGAAGUCUACACAGUAGAAAUCACUGGAAAUAUAGAUAAGCUUGUAGACAAAGUUGCCUCAUUGAAACUCAUAGUUUCAUCACAGGUUGUUCAAAUAAAUCAAUUAACUUCAGAUAUUAAUGAACUUGAAAAAAGUGCAAAGAACUUGGAAGAGGAAAAAAUGAUUCUGAUCAAAGAUUCUGCUGUGCCAAAUGUAAGAUUAACCCUAGAUGAGUUGAGAAAAGUUGAGUUGAUUGAGAAAAUUAUCAGAGAUGAAGAAUUAAGUUUCCAUGAGAACUUAAUUGAAAUUAUUCACAUCAUUAAUGGUAUUUCAGAGAUGCUUCCGUCUUGUAAGCUUGCGGAAAAUGAUUGCGAUGCAGAUGUGCUAUGCAAAGAUGUAGAGAUAACCGAAAUCCAUGACAUCAAAGAGGAUUUGGUUGAGGAGAUUCAUAUGAAUCAACCGCUUGCUGAAUUCUUAGAAGAUUAUUUCCAGAACAAGGCAGAUGCUUUGCUUAAAAAUGCUUCAGAAGUAGGCAAUAAGAAUGAUGUGGAGACAAAGAAUAAAAACUACAUCCUAGAGAUGAUUGCUCUGAUAGGGGAACUGGUGAAUGUCAUUACAGCAAGAGAUGAGGAGAUCCAAUGGCUAAGGGCCUUAGAGGCAGGGUCUAAUGGUUCUGCAAUUGCUCCAUCUGUUGAAGAUUCUUGUCACAGUGAAAUAUUACCCUCAAAGCCUGCAACUACCAUGAAGGAUUCUGAGAUUUCGGAAUUCCCUCUCCAAAGUGAUUCCUCUGAUCAUGGCAUUAAUGUGGAGUGUGUCAAUGAGAAGAAGUGCAUUUCAUCUACUGAAGAGAAGUUUAGAAAAGAUGUCAAUCAUUUGGUAGAUAAAAAUUUAGAAUUUUGGUUAAGAUUUAGCACAACUCACCAUUAUGUGCAACAGAUUAAAGCCAAAUAUGAAGAGCUACUUGCUGAUAUCAAUAAACCGAAUGACAAAAAAACAGAAGAAGGCAACAGUCAGGCUGGCAAAACUGAAUCAGAAUCAUUUGUGAAAAGACUGGGUCAAUUCAAGACUGAACUCCUGGUGUGGUCGGAGCAGAGCUUGCUGUUAGGAGGUGAACUAGAAAGGAGGUUAUCAUCUCUUCGUAGUAUGCAAGAGGAGAUAUCAAACAUUGUGAACAUAGGUUCAUCAUCUGGAGAAGCAUUGUUCGCUCCCGACGAAGCCAUGAGAUUACAAAAUGAAGCAAUGGACAUGAAACAUGAAAGCGGUAAAUCUUUGAGCCAGCUUCUGUUGGGGCUAGAUCAAAUCAGGGGGGUUCAAACUGAAAUAGAAAAGCAGUUAACUAUGCUAUGUGACAACUUUCAAGUAUAUGUAUCAGGAGAGACAAAUGAUCCAAGUAAGGAAGGAGUACCAUUGAGCACCUUUUUUGAAUUGGAGCCCAAAAAACCAUCAACUUUUUCUCGUAUUCUGCCCCUUCUUCGGAAGUAUAAGAAUAAAGUAAGCAGCCGGUAAGUUGAUGACAGUGUGAAUGGCUGUAAGGUGUGGCUAGCCUCUACCACACAAACUGGUACAAUCUUUUUUGAGCAUGUCUGUAGAAUUUCUCGCUUGUAGUUGGACACCUAGGAUUUCAUUACCAUCCAUGAAGGCUUUUUUCAAGCGCACUCCUUUCUUGUUGGAAUGUACACCAAUGAAGGCCUCUCUAUUUGAGAUGAGGUUAAAUCUUAGGAUGUAAAACUACCUUUCUUAUUCACAGUCGUUUGUCUUCUAUUCAUA